CGGCUCAAUUGAAACGCUGUGAAGGAUUUCGCUAGCGCAAAUGUCUACGUGCUUUACAACUCGUAUCACCUCAGGUCGGAUAGUAGCCUACUUCAAUAGACGAUCAGGAUGCUCUGCUCACAAGGACCUUGGGACUCUGGCGGCAGCAGGGAAUUUGAAAAUAAAAAUGAAGUCUGGAUUUAUUCAGAUGCUGAGGAAGAGGAAAGAGCUCAUUCCUCUGAUCGGCAUUGUGGCAUUGGCUGCUGUAGGAGCCACCUCUACCUCACUCUACUUCCUAUUUACAAAGAAGGAUGUCAUUUUAAAUAAAAGCACAAACCCUGAACCCUGGGAGAGACUGGACCCAUCUAAACCACAGAAGCUAGUCACUAUCAACCAGAAAUGGAGGCCCAUUGAAGAGCUGGAGCUGGUGAAGAGUAUGACUAAGUGAUCUCUCUAUCUUUCUAUUUCUCUCCAUUCUCUCCCAUUCCCCCCCCCCCCUCCAUCCUGAAUGAGAGCUGCCUCCUUGCCCUUCCUCCCCCCCUCCAUCCUGAAUGAGAGCUGCCUCCUUGCCCUUCCUCCCCCCCUCCAUCCUGAAUGAGAGCUGCCUCCUUGCCCUUCCUGCACCCUUCCCAGUCUAGCAGAAUCCUUUCUGCCCAGACUAGAUUCUCUGAUACUUAGUGUGCGGAAACGCUUCUGCUAUACUGGUGGGGUAUAACUGAGCUCAAUACUUUCCCCAGGACUGAGGAUGUCCACAGCUGUAGUGUUACUUACAUCACCAGGCUGUAAAGAGUAAAAGCUUUAGUCUUCACUGUAAACCAGCUGUCUGUCUGUCCCAGUGAUGUAACUGCACUGUACUGCAUUAUAGCUGACUCUAAAUGUGACCAAAGCUGUUUGUUUGUGAAACAAACUGUAUAUGUGUGAGAAAUAAUAAUUAUUGCAAUAAAAAUGUACCAUUGCUCGUGUUA